AAUGAUGGAUAAUCAUAAACCCUAGUUCAAUUUCACCAGCCCCUCUUCAUAUCUUAUGCAUAAACCCUAAUCCAAUUUCUUCAACCGCAUAGACACUCUUCCUCUCUCGUUCAAUCUCCCUCGCUGCUCGCGAAGUCGGAAGCCAUACAAAAUUUCAGUGACUUCGUUUUCAUCGCUAGUUAUGGACGAAUUGAUCGCGUCUGCGAAAAAGGAGGUGUUAGUUGAAAUGGUGAAAUUGGCGCAAAAGAGAGGAAUGGCUGGGAGUAAAGGUCACUGGAAGGAGUUUCUGAAAGUUUAUGAUAAGAAGUUUGGGGCAAGCUUGAGUGACCCGUCCAGGAGGUCUGUUGAUUCAUUGGCUGCAUUUUUGAAAACAUUCACGCAAGAUGAUGAUCAGAAGUUUUUCAAGAAAGUAAUUCAAUGUCAUCGCAACCGUGAAGAUGUGGAGCAAUUUAAGAAAACAUCCCCUGAUAAUGAAACUGCUGAACAGAAGCUAGUCCGUUUGACUUUAGAGCAUCCUCAGUACCCUAUUGAUUAUUCCUUCCCUUCACAUGAGGAGGUACGUAUAUCAAAAUUUCUUCCUAAAAAGUCAAAAGCCCUGAAGUCUGUGGACAUGAUUGCCAUUGACUGUGAGAUGGUCCUCUGUGAAGAUGGCACUGAAGCUUUGGUGAAGGUGUGUGCUGUAGACCGCAAUUUACAGGUUAAACUUGAUGAAGUAGUAAACCCAGAUAAAGCAAUUGCAGAUUAUCGGACAGAGAUAACUGGAAUCUCAGCAAAAGAUUUAGAUGGAGUGACUCAUUCUUUGAAAGAUGUGCAGAAAUUGCUGAAGAAGUUAUUGUCCAAUGGUACCAUUUUAGUUGGUCACAGUCUCAAUAAUGAUCUUCAAGCAUUGAAGUUAGACCACACAAGAGUUGUUGACACAUCUUAUGUCUUCAAGUAUGCAAAUGGACCGACCAACAAGAAACCUUCUCUGAGUUUGUUGUGUAAGGCAAUGUUAGGUUAUGAGCUCCGGCAAAAGGGAAAUCCGCACAACUGUCUAGAUGAUGCAUGUGCUGCAAUGAAGCUUGUCUUAGCCAGAUUAGAGGGAAGAAUUGAUGAUGUUGUAACCGAGGAGGUGAAGGAGUUAGAUAUAGCAAAAUUGCUGGUGCAUAGGAUCCCCAUUACUCUUCAUAGCAAAGAUUUGAAUAGUAUUCUUCCUGGGGAAUUUACUGUUGAAGUUAAGGCGAAUAAAAAAGUUAGAGAUACAUAUUCGGCCUUUGCAAUAUUCAAAAAUAAGCAAGAAGCAAUUGAAGCGUUUGAGAAUCUCGAGGGUGACUUAGAAAAGGACUCGUGUGGUCGACCACAAAAGCUUGUCAAGUUUAUGCUUGAUUCAGGAACAUCUGGUACUUUGUGUGUUUGUAAGAUUGUACCGGAGUUUUCUGUUGGCCAGUUAGCAAAGAAGAGGUCAGUUGAAGAUGACAAUAACACUGCUGGUGUAUUGAAGAAGUUGAGAACAGACCAGACAUCAGGACAACUUGAGGACUCCAGUCACUGCAGGCAUCAGUGUGAGACACAUUUGCAAGAGAUUGAGAGAUUGAAGGGAGAACUAAGUAAAAGAGAUCAGGAAAUAUCAAACUUGAAUAAAAUAAUUGCUGCUCUUGCUCGGAAACAAGGACUCUGAGCAUUGGCAUGAAAAUGUCUGAGAGAGACAUGUUCAUUACCAGAGGAACAUUGUUUUUUAGCAAGAUGAGAUGGAAAUCUUUACACUCAAUGCGUGCUUUAUGAGGUCUGAAAGAGUGGCAUUAUAUUUAGAAGUCAAAGGAGAGUUUGUUACCUUUAAGGCUUUGUUCUAUGAGAAG